AUGAGGGGUGAACUUUGCCUCUUCGCCUACGCUGUGCCCAAGUGGUUCUAUGACGAGCGCAAUACUCCUAAAAGGGAGACGUUCUUGCGCCUCUUCGGCAGCUCACCUGCUCCAUGGAUGCUGAAGACCCCCGAGACGGUCUUGGGCCGCGCCAAAGACCUGCUCACCAAGGGCCGCGUCUACCUCCUUGUGCACAAUAACUGCUUCCACUUUGCCUUUUACUGCAAGACAGGACGCCAAUAUUUUGGUCCAGUCGCUUUGGUAGUGGACACUUCGGCGGCUGCUAUUAUGCCAUCAGACGAUGGGCCACACUUGGACCGCCGAAACGGCACGGCCAGAGUCGUACCUCCACCUCCAGCUCCAGCUCGACGGCGCAGGUCACGCGAAUGGUCACUUCCACAGCCAAGCUUCAGGACAAUAGCGGCGGUAGGGGCGGGGCUGGCGCUCGUCGCCGUACUGCCGGAAUUGGCCCCUGUUGUGCCGGAAUUGGCGCCGGUAUUGGCCCCUUUUGCCAUAUUAUAA